GCCUGCGCGGUCGCUCUCCCGCCCUCUCGCGGUGCUCGGCUGAGUCAGUCAGUCCGUCGGAGUCUGUCCUCGGAGCAGGAGAGGCGAGGCGACUUUGGAGAGCCAGCUGCCGGAUUAUUUCCUCUCCCCUCCCUGUCUCCCGUCCCACAUCUCUCUUCAUCCCUCUCCCGCCUUUGCUCGCGCAGCCAUGGCAGAGCCGUCGGCAGCCACUCAGUCCCCGUCCGUCUCCUCGUCGUCCUCCGGGGCCGAGUCCUCUGCGCUCGGUGGUGGCAGCGGGAGCCCGGGAGCCUGCCCCGCCCUGGGGACGAAGAGCUGCGGCUCCUCCUGUGCGGAUUCCUUUGUUUCUUCCUCUUCCUCUCAGCCUGUAUCUCUAUUUUCGACCUCACAAGAGGGAUUGAGCUCUCUUUGCUCUGAUGAGCCACCUUCAGAAAUUACGACUUCCUCCUCUUGUUCAUCUUCUGAAAUAUGUAACACUGACCUUAUAAUACUACAUGGAGUAAAAAGCAAAAUGUUAGGCAGCCAGAUUCUUUUAGCCCAAGAAGAAAAAGACUGCUUGGCUCUUCUAGAUGGGAAAAAGAUGGAAAAGCCUCCAGGGACCAGCAAAGACAUAGAAGACUCCCCAGUUUCUGCUGCAGGAGAAGUUCACUGCGACCGUCCUUCCAUUCCACUCAGCUUCCUGGGUCAUCCUGCUUUUCUCUCAAAGGAAGUUGGUCAAAUGGAACAACAGAUAAAUAAAGAUCAAGAGUCCAGGAACCCAAAUGAGGAACCAAAUAGGGAUGAUAUACCUGCCUCGGAUGCAGAUGACAAGUUCACUUUGCUAACAGCCCAGAAGCCACCCACCCUGCAGCCUAAAGCCGAAGGCGUUUGUCCAUAUUCCUUGUCUCCUUCUGAAGCUUCAGGAGGUGGUGUUAUGGAAAAGGAUUCCCCUGAAUCACCAUUUGAAGUAAUAAUUGACAAAGCAGCAUUUGACAAAGAAUUUAAAGACGCAUAUAAGGAAAGCAUAAAUGAUUUUGGUAGCUGGGCAGUGCAUACUAGUAGAGAAUCACCUGCAGACAUUUCAGAGUCUAAUGACAAAGUAUUUCCACUGAGAAAGAAAGAAGCAGGGCGUUACCCAGCCUCUGCAUUGCUCAUCAGGCAGUUUUCACACACAACUGCAGCAUUGGAGGAGGUAUCUAGAUGUGUGAAUGAUAUGCAUAACUUUACUAAUGAAGUACUGACUUGGGAUUUGGUUCCCCAAGUGAAACAGCAGACUGAUAAAUCUGAGUACAACACAAAAACUACAGGACUUGGCACUAGUGAAUAUAAUUCAGAAAUUCCUGUUGUAAAUCUGAAAAUGAACACUCAGAAAAUUCCUGUAUGUUCUAGUAAUGGAAGCACUACUAACACUAAAUCACCAGGUGACUGGGUGGAAACAUCUCUCCCGCAAGAAAAUGCUGUGCCAGACCAUUUUGAUUCCACACAGGAAGUCACUAUCAAAGAUGUGCAAGACAAAGUGCAGAAAAGAGACGACACACUUUCAGAGUUACCUGGAUCUCCACUGGAGAAAUGUGUCUCUCUCGGUUCUGGAGUGGCCACAGAUAAAGUGGUUUUACCCGAUGGCCACCUAAAAGGUGGAAUAAGCUGGCGGACCUCUGUGUUGGGAGAAAUGACAGAGGCUGAUAGUUCUGGUGAAUCUGAUGACACAGUAAUAGAGGACCUCACAGCAGAUAAUUCAUUUGAGAGCAACAAAAUUCAGGCUGAAAAACCUGUUUCCAUCCCAAGUCCUGUUGUAAAAACAGAUGGAGAAGUCAAAGAGAUCCUCAGUUGUAAUAAGAGAGACAGAACAUCUGAAAAUUUUGAAGGGUCGGUCAGUGACUCUGAGCCACAACAAGUUCAGCCUGGUCCUCUUGAAAGGAGCCCAAGUGAGGCAGUAUGUUCACUAGUAUCUAAUAAGAAUGGCACGUCAGAAGUGAAGCAGUCAGGCAGUAAGCAUGAAGCUGUUCCUGAAAAGCCUGUUGCAGCUGAGAACCCCAAACUCCCUUCAGAAGCAUCUCCUACAGAACUCUCACAAAGUGUGACAACCUCUGCCUAUUUGGAGGCAUUGCAUGAAAAAAAUGUGAAAGAUAUAGAUGAUUCUUCCCCAGAGGACCUGAUGGCGGCCUUUACAGAAACCAGAGAGAAAGGAAUAGUAAGUAAAGGUGAAGGAAAUACCUUCGAAGCAACAUCAGAGCAAACUGAGGACUUUAAAACAAUUCUUCCUCUAGAUGUUUUGCAUGAGAGUAAGUCAGGUGUUUCUGAAAUUAAAAACAUAAAAAGCAAAUACAGUGAACAAAGCAAAGAAACAAAUGGGAGUGAGCUUCUGGAAGUUUUCCCUACCCAAGGUACUCCAGUAGCAUCUCUCGACUUAGAGCAAGAACAGCUCACAAUCAAAGCACUUAAAGAACUGAGUGAAAGGAAGGUUGAGAAGUCAGCUUCUGUACAGGAUAAAGGAGAAUCUCCUGAAGAAAUAUUCAAACAGACUUUAACAUUUGUUCCAGAAUCUUCUUGGGCACAGAAAUCAUAUGAUGUCCUGGAACACAAAGAUGUCAAGACUGGAUCUGAUCUUGAGAUUUCCAAGAAGCCCACUGUUAUCAGAGAAACUACUAGGGUAGAGGUUAUUUCCAUCCUUAGCGAGACUGAACCAGUAAACAAGCCUGUCCUAACAAGACUUCUGACAGACUUAUCAGUGCACGACUUGGUUUUCUGGCGUGAUGUGAAGAAGACUGGCUUUGUCUUUGGCACCACGCUGAUCACGCUGCUGUCCCUGGCAGCUUUCAGCGUCAUCAGUGUGGUUUCUUACCUCAUCCUGGCUCUCCUGUCGGUCACCAUCAGCUUCAGGGUCUACAAGUCUGUCAUCCAAGCUGUACAGAAAUCAGAAGAAGGCCAUCCGUUCAAAGCCUACCUGGAUGUCGACAUCACUCUGUCCUCAGAAGCUUUCCAUAAUUACGUGAACGCUGCCAUGGUGCACAUCAACAGGGCCCUGAAACUCAUCAUUCGUCUCUUUCUGGUGGAAGAUCUAGUUGACUCCUUGAAGCUUGCUGUCUUCAUGUGGCUGAUGACCUAUGUUGGUGCCGUUUUCAAUGGGAUCACCCUUCUGAUUCUUGCUGAACUGCUCGUUUUCAGUGUUCCAAUUGUCUAUGAGAAGUACAAGACCCAGAUUGAUCACUAUGUUGGCAUCGCCCGCGAUCAGACCAAGUCGAUUGUUGAAAAGAUCCAAGCAAAACUCCCUGGAAUCGCAAAAAAAAAGGCAGAAUAAGUACAUGGAAACCAGAAACGCAACAGUUACUAAAACACCAUUUAAUAGUUAUAACGUUGUCACUUGUGCUAUGAAGGACCAUGCUCAGUGUCAGCUUGAGCCUGCAUUCCAAGCUUUUUAAUUUGGUGUUUUCUCCCCUCCUUUCCCUCUACCCUCAGUAUCAAGCACAAGAAUUGUUGGACUUAAAAAAGAACGGUAUCUUAGAAAUAUCUGGAUUAAUAUUCUGGACUUAAAAAAGAACUGGUAUCUUAGAAAACCCAAAAGAAUAAAGAAAGAACCAAAUUAAUAGGAUAAAUCAGUACCUUCAUGACAGUGGAGCUUUUUUACCUGUAACUUGAAAGGAGGGGAAAUUGGAGGUAAAGGAGAAAAUGAAAAAUAGAAAUCCAUGUCUUGGGUUCUUUUAUCCAAAUUUCAAGGACUAGUCAGUCUUCUGUAGCUUCCCAUCAUAGUUUUGCCCUUAUUUUUAAGUUAAGAAAUAAUGAUUAACUUAUGAAGAAAUUAUCUGGGGACAAGAAUGGGAUUCCUUCCCUUUUUUUGUUUUCUUUUUUGUUGUUGUUUCGUUUUGUUUUGCAGUCCUCUGACCCCAUCUUCGUGCCCCACAGCGUGAGCAGCUACUCCUAAUCUUCUUCUUCAUUUAAUGAUAUAACUUUCAACUCUGUGAAUAACUUAUAGUUGAUAGUGAUGAUUCCUGAUUCCCAGAGUACCAUCUGAUAACCAAGAAUGGAGAUGGAAGGUCGGAUGGAGGAGGAGCACACAGGAGCACUGCUGUGACUCCUGCGCCUCCUUGGGAAGGAAAGGCUCCACAUGUGGGACGGUGGUGUCUGUGUCAUUUCUUCUGGACACCAGUUCUGAGCUGUAGUUUGAGCGCUUAUUCCUGAAUGUGCUUUCCUCCCUCUUUCCUACCCUCAAGUUUAAUAAAUAUGGUUGUACUUUUCUUAUUAUAAAAUAAAUGUCUGUAACUGCUGUACACUGCUGUAACCUUGUUAGAGAAAAAAAAAUUUAAUCUGCAUGUGGGCCUCUCCAUUAUUGAGUUACUGUAAUCCUGUCUCAGUCCGUGGUGGGGAAACAUUCUCAAGAGGUGAACUACAGAAACACAAAGCCCUUUUUCUCUUUUCCCGACACACUCCAUCUUUAACCUGUGCUCUUCAUUUUACCCUGAGGACCAAAGCUGAGCCGGCUUGAGAGGAGACUAUCUGUGGUUAAGACACCACAGAUGAGGGUAGGGAGGUGCAUUUUGUGGUUCAGGUGGAGUUCUAAUGUAGAGGCUAGCUUAUUGGGCGUGUGUUGUUUGAGGGUUCCUUCCAUUUUCAGGCACUAAAGAUGUCUUAGCACCUGUACCAUGGCGUAGGGUCCUCUUUUUGAGAGUGUUUUCCAAGGAGCUUUAGGUAAGGGUGACCAGGCAGGACCAGAUUGUGUUGGCGGGCUCCAUGCACAAUUAAAAGACAACAGAACAGUUCACGUUGAUACCAGAUGGAGGGCAUUGGAGAAUCUUUGAUUCCCACUUGAGACUUACGUCUUCCUCCCCUUCCAACAUGAAAAUUCAGUAAACUUGAAAGAACAUCCAUCUGUGAAUUCCUUCAGGUUGUAACUCACAGUUGUGAUAAUCCAGACGGAAUAUGCACUGAUGACUUUAAAGUAAGGGCUAUAAUCUUUGAUGGCCCCAAAGCAGUGCAGCUCUGUAGAAGGUAGUGGAAGGACCUUUUCUUUCUACUUUGUUGAGGAAAUUACUUAGGAAUUUAGAUGGGUAAAAGGUACCUUGCCUUACUCCACUCUUCUUUUCUUAGCCCCCUUUCCUUUUGAAAUGUUUUAACUCACUUCAUGUCAUGGUGGGAAAUGCACUCUCCAUCUCCGUUUCUUGCCCUCCCAAGAAGUCAGUGCACUGACUGUCUUUUUGGGCUUCCCCUCCAAAGGACCUUUCCCUGCGCUUGAAGCCUCCACACCUAGCUUUUGUUUCGUCACUGCGGUGUUCAGAUUGAUUGGACAGAUCUUUGUGCCACACAGGAAUUUUGUUUUGUUUUUUUAAGAAAAAUCUAUAGGUGAAAAAUUACUAAUGAAACUGUGUGCGUGUAAUGUGCGUGCAACAUAAAAGUACAGUAGCACCUAAGGAGCUUGAAUCUUGGUUCCUGUAAAACUGCAAAUUGAUGUGGUAUUAAUAAAAAAGAAAAAAAAAGAACAGUGA